UAUUUAUGCAUGCAGGUUACGAUAUAAUUUAGAGUGUGAGAAUUUAAGAUAUUCCGAGGAAUUGGCAUUGUUCAUGAAGAAUCGUAUUGAGGAAGCAGCCAGAAAGAGAGAGCAAUGGUUUGGUAUCCAGAGAAUACAGCGGGAGCAUGACAAAGAUAAAUUUCUUCAACUUAAGGCUUUGCAGAGAGAAAUGGAAAACUGUGAAGCAACGAGGCAUUGGCAAAGCAAAGUGAUGCUAUUGGAUACCAAACAAGCCCAACUGCAUCAAAUCAAGGAAAAAGAAGCAAUACGACAAAGAGAAAAGCAGAUCGAAUUGAUAUGGAGAGACGUCACUCUCCGAUAUAACGAAGAAAAAGCUAAGCAAGAUGUUGUGGAAGCGAAAUUGCUCAAAACCAUUGCAAGAAUCAAUCAGAACAUUAACAUACAACAUGAGGAAUGUCAGAGCAAGAACAACAAAGUUGCAGAACAAACAACACAUGAACAGUUCGUUAAGGAAGAAAUGGUUUACACACUAAUGAACGAAUCAUAUCUUGCACGAAUGAAGAUUGCGGAGAAAAAUAAGAAGUUGUUUCAGCAAAAAGAGCAAACGGAACAAAUUACAGAAAAUCAGAUAAAACGUUGGAAAAAUAGAAAACUCUUGUUCGAUGAUGAAGUGAAAAUUAUGGAAAAUUGUAUUAAUGAAAUAUUGAAUAAUCAACAAGAAGUGGAGAAAAGAAAGAUUCAGGAUUCAGUGUGGCAAGAAUACUACAUUAAUCACGUCAAGGAAGAGAAAGAAAGAAAACGAGAGGAAUCCAAAGAGUUUGAGUUGAUGUUUUCUGGCACCGGUUGUGUGUUGGAACAGCAAAACAAGAAGCCAUAUAAUAAGUCUGCACGAUAAUGGUAAUUUCGUUUCGUUAUUUCGACAAAAAACUGAACAUAUGGAAUGAAGCAGCGAGUACAUAAUCAGAUAAGUUCAAGAACGCCCACUGGGCCCAAUUUUUGUAACAUUCCUUUUAGACCACAGGGGUCUCAUAAAGCAAAUUAUUAAGUUAAAAAUUAAAGUAUUUUACUAGGUAACACCAACAAAUCAUAACAAGUAAGAAAGUAGUAAGUGUGUAACCAAACAUUUUAUACUUUCGCAAUUUGUAAAGAUCAAAAUCGGAGAAAAUCUUUUAUUUUGGUUAUUAAUUUCUACAACCUGUCAAGAAUAUUAUUCUAACUUUUCAAGUCAAUCCGAACAACAGUUUCGGAGAUACAGCCUUUGGAAGGUGUGCGCUCCAAGUCAGGUAUAGAAAGGUCAGAGCGCCUCAGGUAUAGGGAGCAGCUGCUCGUCUAUUGUUUGUCUCUUGUAUAUUACUUUCACUUCCUAAGAACAACUAGUUUAAAAUAUUUUAGUUGGUGAUUACUCCUUGAAGAACUAGCUUUAAUUGAGGUUGUCCCAAAUUUCUAUCAUAAAAUUUAUAAAAAACGUGGUAUUAUUAGUGGUUAUCUAGUGUAAGUUGUGAAAUUGAUAAACAAUGCAUCAAAUUUCAAGGAAACAGUUAGCCGUCGGAGCUCGUAGAAAAGAUAGACCGAGAAAAAGGAAACAGUCCUUGCUGCAUGUUGCAUGUUGCAUGUAUACAGAUAGGUCCGAAUGGGGUGGUAUAUAAGAUAGAGUUAAAUAAAUAAAGCAACUAUUAACGUACUUGUAGACUCUAAUACAUUUAAACUCAAAUGAGUCGGCCCCUGAAAC